CUACUCGUCAAUUAACAUCUGCAAAAUACCAUCAGAAAAAAAAAAAAUCCUCUCUCAAAAGAAUUAAUCCUACAUUUCUGUGAAAAAAGAAAAUGGAUUUCAGACUAAUGGGAUUCGACGCGCCACUCCUCCACACUCUCCACAACAUGCUCGACACAGACGAUUCCGACUCGACCAAAUCGGUCAGCGCACCAACCAGAACCUACGUCCGUGACGCCAAGGCGAUGGCGGCAACGCCUGCUGACGUCAAAGAAUACCCCAACUCCUACGUUUUCGUGAUCGACAUGCCGGGAUUAAAAUCCGGCGACAUUAAAGUGCAGGUUGAGGAAGACAAUCUUUUGCUGAUCAGCGGGGAAAGGAAGAGGGAAGAGGAGAAGGAAGGGGCCAAGUACGUCAGAAUGGAGCGAAGGAUCGGAAAGUUUAUGAGGAAAUUUGUGUUGCCGGAGAAUGCCAACACUGAUAAGAUCACGGCUGUUUGUCAGGAUGGAGUGUUGACUGUCACAGUGGAGAAACUGCCUCCACCGGAGCCGAAGAAGCCCAAGACUAUUGAGGUUAAAAUUGCUUGAAGAGACUGGUUCUGUGUAUUUCUGUUAUGUGUUAAGGUUUCGAGUUAGUAUUGAAUAAUGUUUUUGUUUUGGUUACAUGACAACUUUUUGUCAUGUGAUUUUGCUUUUGUGGUUGUGGUAUUGUGGUUUUUGAAAUGAAAUGAUGAAUGAUUAUGAUCUAUGUUU